UCCGUGCUGUGCAACUAACCGUCCCUCAGUCCUCAUGUUCCCAAUGAGGCGAAAAUUGUGCAUCAUUGUGCCUCAAGUGGUACUGUUGACUCUCCUCGUCCUCGCGUUCAGGGUUGCCGAGAGGUUUACGUCCAUGCAGGACCAGGCAAUCCUCGAGUUGAAGGAGGACAUCAAGAAUACCCCCCGGCCUGUGCUAGGUCUGCGACAGCCUGAGUCGUUGGACCUCCUGUGCCCGGAGGACGCCAGGAAGGUCGACGACAAGGUCGCCCAGAUCGAGUGUCUUCACGCGGUGUUGCUGGAGCAGAGGCGCCUGGUCGAGGUCGAACGACACUAUUUUGCGAUUUUUGCCGGCUUAGCGACGGCAACGCUGGCCGCCGUAGCUGCCUUGUUUUUCCUGAAGAGGAAAUUCAAGCAAGCCUCUCCUAAGACCCGUGUUGUCACGUGUCUACAGGAGGUUGAGGAGUCCGAAUUGGCCGAAGCCAAGGUGGAGUCCGAAUUGGCCGAGGCCGUGGUUGAGGAGUCCGAAUUGGCUGACUCCCUGGUUGAGGAGUCCGAAUUGGCUGAGGCCCUGGUUGAGGAGUCCGAAUUGGCCGAAGCCAAGGUGGGGUCCGAAGUGGCGGAGGCCCUGGUUGAGGAGUCCGAAGUGGCGGAGGCCCUGGUUGAGGAGUCCGAAGUGGCGGAGGCCCUGGUUGAGGAGUCCGAAGUGGCGGAGGCCCUGGUUGAGGAGUCCGAAGUGGCGGAGGCCCUGGUUGAGGAGUCCGAAGUGGCGGAGGCCCUGGUUGAGGAGUCCGAAGUGGCGGAGGCCCUGGUUGAGGAGUCCGAAGUGGCGGAGGCCCUGGUUGAGGAGUCCGAAGUGGCGGAGGCCCUGGUUGAGGAGUCCGAAGUGGCGGAGGCCCUGGUUGAGGAGUCCGAAGUGGCGGAGGCCCUGGUUGAGGAGUCCGAAGUGGCGGAGGCCCUGGUUGAGGAGUCCGAAGUGGCGGAGGCCCUGGUUGAGGAGUCCGAAGUGGCUCAUUCCGUGUCUGAUCAGCAGACCAUCUCGACCUCCUCCCUCGAGUCCCGUGCCACGUAUCUACAGGAGGAGGCUGCUCCUUCCGUGUCUGAUUUCAAGGUCAUUCGAGCCCCGUUUGACCUUCAGAGCACCAUGUGUACGGGCUCAAUGGAGAUCAGGCAUGAUGAGCGCGGCCUCAUCAUCGGGAAGGGCGGGACGAGGAUAAGGGAGCUGAGCGCUAGGCACCGCGUUAAAGUCCUGUACAACAAUAUGGACAUUAACGUGGCCAUUACAGGACACCCAGCUGAUGUGCGGAAUUUUAUGACCGAAGUCCUCGCGAUUCUCGAACGUGCUCGGGAAAGGCGUGUCGUGAGGGACAGCAUGUUCAUCGCACAGGAAGCCCGACCGCUGCUGGUGGGAAAGGGGGGAUCCAGGAUAUGGGACCUGUGCAAGAAGCAUAGGGUCUAAGUCCACAUGGACAACAGACCCGACAUUGUAAUCUGCGGCGAACUGCAGAAUGUCAAGGCCUUUAAACGAGAGGUCUACGUCAUCCUGAA